AUCGCAGGAUCUACCCGUAGAAAUUCUUCAUACAUUACUCUUGGGAAUGACCAAUUAUUGUUUUAAGAUUGCUCACGAUCAUUUUUUAAACGAUAGUCAACUCAAAAAGCUUACAGAAUUAUUCAGAAACUUGGUAGAGACUUUAAGAUUCUUGUGCAGCUUUUUCCUUCGAUUUUACAGAAAGCCAACUUCCAGGACCCUAACAUGUUUGCUGAAAACCAUGAUUCUUUUGUGUCAAUGUACUAGUGCUUCAACAAUUUGUCAUUGCUUGCCUCCUUGGUUUACAUGAAAAAGAUUGACAAUUUUAAUUAUUACAAACAUAUCCUAAACAACACUUAAUAGAAGAACAGUUGCUGGAGGGGGGCAGGCUAUUUCGAUGAUGAAAUUCUCAUCCAUGUGUAAUCGAUUGAAGUCUCAUCUUCUAAUUCACUUAUCACAGGAUAUUGAACGCUUUGCUGGUGGCCCUCAUACAGAGACGGAAAGAUGUGAGCAACAACAUAAGUUUAUGCGUGAGUUACUAUGCCACACAAAUAGACAAAAUGGUGGAAGAGAUGUUGCUGUAAGAUUUGCAGAAGAGUAUAUGCUUCGCCAUAUUAGUCAGGGCCGAUUGUUUGUUAAGGAUACUUCAUCUCCAGUUUGGGAAUCAUGUGGUAUGAGUGUCACGCAAUCGUUUGAUCCAACAAUCUUUGAAAGCGAGCUUGAAUUGUUAGACAACAAUAACAGUCAAAGAAAAUUAGUAGUCGGACUUGCAGGAGUGUUCCGUAAUAUUAACAGUUCCAAGACAAGCGGCCUUACUUUGGGUAAGAUAGUAUCACAAGCAAACGAUAAAAGGUUCCUGGUUGAAGCGUACGAUUUCGUAGCUAAUGCAGCAAUUCCAGAAGAUCCACAGAACGGCAUUUAUGAAAGA